UUUUAACUUAGGCCGACGAGCAACAUACUUAUCUGUUCCGUCAUGCACUCGUAUGUGUUCAGUAUCACUGGCCGGUCGUUUCCCACCCCUGUCCUAACAUAUGAGAUAUCCUUGUUUAAGCCACUGAUCCCCUUAACCUAAAUGCUCCUUUUUGCGGAAAAGAUUCACCUCUGCUCAUCAACCUCUAAAAUUCAUAAGCUUGCUGAGUGAAAUCGCAUACGAAAAAAAUUCAGUUUACUUUCUUAUCACAGCGUUCUUUACCCUCGUACCCGCCUUUACAUUUUAUUAUUUAUGACAAUAAACGUGGAAUUGCAAAAACUUCUAUUGCUUAAUGAAAAUCUCAGUGUCACACACGGAUUCAUGGUUAAACAAGAUUGUGAAAGGUGAGGUACCUUUGGAGAGUACAUGAUGAAAAUAGAGGAACUGAUGUUGUGCGGUGGGAAGGGUGACCAAAAUAUAAAAAAAUUAUAAACUAAAAGGGGUGUGUGUUUAUAUUCGAAUUACUUCUGUUCACAUUGACAUUUUGAAGUAUUAAUGUCCUGCACUAUUUUAAUAAAUCCUUCUUGUAACUAAAUCAAGAUUUGUAAAAUUAAAGCCACAUUUGUAUGACAGUAAGGUAUUAGUGAGCAUACAUGAAUUAGCCCUGAUGAGAACGAUUUACAAUCCUUAUGCUCUCUGUAGAUAAAUCGAAAGCUCUCCUUCCUCUUCUUCCAUCGUAUCUGGCGGCUGCAACACUGAGAUAGCGUACUUCCCUAACCCGAAGCACAAAAUCCCAUCUCUACUUCCCCCUCUUCACUUAUCACGUGCUUGGUGUCUGAUAGUUGAAAGUUGCAAGAAAUCCUGAAAUCGCGCGCAAAGUAUGACUGCUAAUGUGUAUAUUAAGUGACAACCGCUUAGUUUUUCAGAGAAAGAAAAGUACUUUAAAAAAUGCUUUAACAAAAUAAUCUCCCUACAUUUACUUAUUAAUGGGACACAACUGCGUCACUAAUAUUUUUAGAAAGAAAACAUUAUCAUGGAGGAGUGCAGGUUCUUAAAAGUCAUACCUCCAAAAUUGUAGAUAUGCAGCUGCUGACUACCAUUGCAUACAUAGAUACAUCUUAGUGCAAGCUACCGUUUAUCGUGUUAUUAGGCAUUCUCUUUCCCUCCCCCACCUCUCACUCUAACUCACACAGUGUUCAUGAAGCUAUUUAGUUUCAACUGUUCGCCUCUGCACGGCAUUCACUUCAUGAAAAAUGUUUUAUACGGACUUUGCUUUGCUUACCUCACAGCUUGCCAACAAGGAAGAAGAUAGCCGCCUGCGUCUCCUGGUUACUCCGCAUCACAGUCCUCUCAUUCAUGUCUGUCAACGUUCAACAUAGUCUAUCUACUUUCAUCAUGCAGAAAACAUUGCAGCUGUUUUAUGUAUUACUCCUGUCACCGAAAAUACACUCUUCACAGCAGUGUCCCCUCUUGGAAUUUCUCAACUUUAACACAGACACCCUUUCUGUUCCGGAAAGCAGUCUGGUCAAUCUAACUUUCUGGCUGAACGACUCAGGAUGUAAAAAGUCUGAUGUAGUCUAUAGAGUUGUCGUACAAACCAAACUGGACGUGGGCAGCUGGGAAUAUGAUGGAAGACUAUUUCAGACAAACCAGUGUACCGAAAUAACAAGCACGUUUCUUGGUUGCCUCAGUGCAGCAGGUCCAGCAAGACUUUACAAGGUACUGAACCGAUCACACGAGGAAAUCGAGUGGAUCUGGACAUGGAAAGACUCUGGUGACAUCAAAACCAUGAAAAAAGGACUAAAACUUUAUGUUUUAUAUCCACCAAGCGUCGAAAGUCUGACUGUAGAUGGUCAUGAGGCAAAUGGUACUUACCUGUUGAAUGAUGGACAGAAGGUCAACGUUUUAUGCUCGUUUGAGAAAGGGAAUCCUGCAUCACGUUUUCACUUGCUGAAUAAAAGUGGAGCUGAAAUGGCCACUCCUUCUACAGACAAAUACAUAAACCAUUCACUUACAGUACAUUGUAAGGAUGACUGGCCAAAAAUCAGUUGUGAAGGGAAGAGGUCAAAACAAAAUCGAUCUGUGUCUUUUCUUGUCAAGUGUCCUCCUCAGUUUGUUAACAGCAUUGUGAAAAUUGACAGUUCUUCGGAUGAGCAAACUAUCACACUACACGUAAAGUCUUACUCUUCAGCCACAGGUAAAUGUUUCUUGACACCAUUGUCUUCACUCAACAACACUGAAAGACAGGUGAACUGCAACAUAAGAGGAGAGCCACCUGAUCUUGUCCUAAGCUUUCCCUUUGCCAAUGAGAACAGCAGCAUCAAAGAGUGGAUACUAACCUAUCAAAAUGAAGAGGGUUCUGCAAACAUAACAAUAAUCCUUAAUAAAUACUUAGAAGAUGACACAGAAAAAGACCCGUUGCUUACAGACAAGAAUGACAAGAUAGGUCCAUUAAUUUUUACCUUCUCUGUUCUGCUGAUUGUUAUUAUCAUCGCUUUAGUCAUUGUUGCUGUUCUUGUGGUAAGAAAAAAGAGAAAGGAAACUCAUGGCAAUUCAGCAAGCCUUGAAGAAAAAAGUGCUGAUUUAAGAGGAAGCUUUACAGAAGACAUUUCAACUGACAGUCAUCUACAUAAUCACACCUACGUGUCAGCCUCAGCUGUUCGUAACCUAAAGAAAGGGCGAAGUAAAGGUGAAUCUUCUUCAGGACCAGCUGAAGAAACUUAUACAUCUGCGACCGAAGUUCGAGCGAAAAAACGUCAAGAAAAGCUAGAGAUGCAAAGAGUCAACGUUUAUCUGGGGCUCAGCCGCCUGCAAUGAGGAAAUCCACAUCCGGUGUACAAGCCAGGGUUGCCACAAAGAUGUGACAGUGUCGGAGAACAAUGUGGGCUGUUGGUCUGCAAUGUAAGAAUUCAGACCUAAGUUGUGAGCGAGAAGGUCGACGACGUCAACUUUUAAACAGUAAAUGUUUAAACAAUAAAUACAUGUUGUAUUUACAGUGCAAGAACUGGUGCCUGUUUAAAGCACAAAGCGAAGGAAUCAUGCAAAUUAUGUAUAAUAAAUUAUAAGGCAUGUACUUAUUAUUCACUUCAAAACACCAGUGUUAUUUACUAAUAAUUAUACUUCCAGCCCAAUUCGCAAUAUGCCAGGUCACAAUAGCUAACAAAAUAUUCCGAACUAAAGCUUUAAAUAGCAUCCAAAACAAACUUUGCAAAAACACAAAAUAUUGUAGUAUUUACUUUAUUAUUACCUCCAAUAGAAGAUUACAGAUGACAAACAAAAAUAAAGGAAAUUAAAAUCAGUAGAAAAUAAGUAUAACUAUUUCUUAUUCUGAAUAUGUAUAAAAACCUCUAUCUCUAGAAAUCUCUCAAUAUUGCUGGUUGUUAAUGUGGGUGUUUGCAUCCAUGCGAGGUAAAGUUGUUGUAGUGACCUUUUGGGUAUCUAAAUGCAUGAAACCACCUCAUCUAAUACAACUUCAUGUAGAGGUGUAGUGCCCAUAGAAUGGGAAGUAACCUUUCUCUAUUCGUAAACGGCGAAAGUAAGGUUAAAGGAGUUGUCGAUGCUGAAGAGAGUAACAGAUAUGUUUUGCGAUAUUUUUUGCGAUAAUUUGUAUUACUGCCACUUUAUUUGUGCUUUCUCUUCUUUGCUGGUUAAAUGUUACUCAUAUGACUGUAUGUGCCCACCUUCAUCUUUAGGUGAUCGAUGUACCUUAGAAAUAAUGAUGGUAAUGGAUGAUGAUUUCUUUUAUUAAGUUCAGAAAAGCGGUACCCUUUGCCUGUAUGCAGAAGUAACAGCACGUGAAAUCAUUUAAUUGUUACCUCGAUAAGCAGUCCAU